CACCUUCUUUUCUUAAUGCAUAGUUGUAUUUUGCAGGAGACACUACGAGUAAAGGAUGAGGAAUUGCAGCAUUUGGCCAGGGACCUUCGGGCACGGGAUUCAACAAUUAAAGAGAUAGCAGAGAAACUGUCUGAUACUGCUGAAGCUGCAGAGGCUGCAGCAUUGGCAGCACAUACAAUGGAUGAACAAAGGCGGAUGGCUUGUGCAGAAAUUGAUCGUUUAAGAAAAGAUUCAGAGAAGCAGCUUGGGUCAUCCAUGUUGAAGCUGAAAGAGUUUGAAGAAAAGGUUAUGGCUUUAUGUAAAGAAAGAGAUCAAUUGGUCAAGCAGAGAGAUUCUGCGAUCCAGGAGGCACAUUUAUGGCGCUCUGAGCUUGCAAAAGCAAGAGAGCGAGUUGUAAUAUUAGAAGGUGCAGUUGUUAGAGCUGAUGAGAAGGUCAGGGUUGCAGAGGCAGAUGCUGAAGCCAGGAUAAAGGAAGCAGCACAGAAAGAGUCAGCUGCUGUAAAGGAAAAGCAAGAGCUUUUGGCAUAUGUUAACAUGUUACAAGCACAACUUCAAAGGCAGCAGAUUGAUACAAAAAAGCAAGUCUUUGAGGAGAAGACCGAGUCUUGCUCUGAUAUUGGUAACACUCGUCCCUUAACAAAGCAUGUGGAUUUGUCAGAUGAGAAUGUGGACAAAGCAUGUCUUAGUGUUUCUAGAGCAGUCCCUGUUGGGGAGAAUGUAGUCCACUUGGCCAUGGAUCAAGUUAAUCUCCGACCAGUUGGAGAUGGUGAAUGGAGUGACAUUCAAGCAACAGAAGCAAGGAUAGCUGAUGUACGAGAAAUUGCCCCUGAGACAGAAGGAAGCAGCUUGGACAUUCCUGUUGUUAGCCUACCAGUAAAUAACCACCAUGAACAAGGAGCAAACUCUUUUCGUCAGCCGUGAUAUUUUCCUGAUGUGGGGAUAAACACACUAUCAAAGGUCAGUUAUAGGAGGAAUUGAAACUCUUGUUGCGUCUUUUAGUUCCCUGUCUAGCAUUUGAUUUGUAAGUGAGAUAUCAACAUGCUGAUUUAAAAUUGAAGUUGUGAUACAUCCCUUCUUUUUAAUAUAGGAAAAUUAGACUUUCUCAAUGCGAUGUUUAAAAGCAUCUCAAUAAGUUGUUUUUUAUAUUUGUGUGAAGAGCCUAUUUUUCUGUUU